AUGGACGCGGAUUUCUUUUAUUAUAUCACGAUUUUUGUGUUUUCUAUUUUUACUGUAGAUGCUGUGCCACCAGAAGCAUGCUUUGCCACCUUUCGAUGGGACGACUGUGGGCAACCUCCCAAGCAAGUGCUAUAUUACUGGAAACCAGGAUCUCGCUGCGAGGUCGGCAUAUGGCGAGGCUGCCUUCCAAAUAUCAACAUGUUCCAUGACGAAUACGAAUGCAUCAACACAUGUAUAUUCGUAGCCAGAGCUCAGCCUGAAGACUAUCAUAAUCAUCUCCAAAGUGAAUAUCCAGAGGAAACAACCAUAGAAAUGGCUGACUAUGGAAAUCUUACAGAUGUUAAUGUAACUCAAUCUUUGAACGAGACAGUUACGGAAGCAGCUGGCAAUAGUACUAUAGAGGAAGGAGUAACUGGAGAUGGAGGUAAUGACACUCAAGCAGAUGCAGGUGCUACAGGGGAAGAAGGCACUGCAGCGCCUGCAGGCGAAGAAACUGCAGCGCCGGCAGAAUAA